GGCUCCCAGCGGCGUGUUCCUUUUUCCCCGAGUUCCCAAUAUCCUGGCGGGUGAGCGACGCCGGUUCCUGACAGUUUGCCUUCCACCGCGGCUGGCCCUUUGUUCCGGACGCUCGCUCCGCAGAUCCCAGCUCCUAGGGCCGCUGCUCCGGCCCGCACGCCUCCACCGGCGACAGACCCAUGGCUGAGCGCGGGGACCUCGACCUGACCGGCGCCAAACAGAACACGGGAGUGUGGCUGGUCAAGGUUCCUAAAUAUUUGUCACAGCAGUGGGCUAAAGCCCCCGGAAGAGGUGAAGUUGGGAAACUGCGGAUUGCCAAGAAUCAAGGAAGGACAGAGGUGUCAUUUACUUUGAAUGAGGAUCUUGCAAAUAUUCAUGAUAUUGGUGGAAAACCAGCUUCAGUCAGCACUCCUAGAGAACAUCCAUUUGUCUUGCAAAGUGUUGGAGGACAGACAUUAACAGUAUUUACUGAAAGUUCAUCAGAUAAGCUCUCAUUGGAAGGAAUAGUGGUACAAAGAGCUGAAUGUCGACCUGCUGCCAGUGAAAACUACAUGAGAUUAAAGAGGUUGCAAAUAGAAGAAUCAUCCAAACCUGUAAGGCUUUCACAACAACUGGAGAAAGUUGUAACAACCAAUUACAAACCUGUUUCUAAUCAUCAAUACAAUAUUGAAUAUGAAAGGAAAAAGAAAGAAGAUGGAAAGCGAGCUCGAGCUGAUAAACAACACGUUUUAGACAUGCUGUUUUCAGCCUUUGAGAAACAUCAGUAUUAUAACCUUAAGGACUUGGUGGACAUCACAAAACAACCUGUGGGAUACCUGAAGGAAAUCUUGAAAGAAAUUGGUAUUCAGAAUGUAAAAGGGAUCCACAAAAACACAUGGGAGCUGAAGCCAGAGUACAGACAUUAUCAAGGAGAAGAAAAGAGUGAUUAAGAAGACUCCCAGCCAGCAUGCUAAUGGGACAACUGAAGGGUGAUGCUAAGUAAAGGCCAAUGAUUCUGGAAUGCUUGACCACCUUAUGUUAAUAGGGGUAAAUGACUGAUACUUUCACUACUCUUGGUAAAUAUUUUAAACCUAUAAUUCUUGUAAAGUUUCUUAAGUGUUUUUUGAGGGGAAAGAACAAAUUUAUUUAUAGAUUUAACUUGUAUUAAAACAAGAUUAUUCGUGAUGGGUAUAGGGUUAGGAAGUUAAGAGAGGUUUUUGUUUUAAGUAUUAAUUUUUAAAGUGUAAAAUUAGGGUAUGUUUUCUAAAUUAGGACUGUCCUUCCUGUAUCUCUGAGGAGCCAAGGUAAUGCAGAUCCAAAGUGAAUAAUAUAGCAAGAAAAACAACAGUCAAUUACAGACACUCUUUAAAGGAAUAAAAAGCCAAAAAGUUUCGUAUUCUGAAAUUAUCAAGAACAAAGCUUUCUUUUUUUAACAGGUGAUCAUGUUUCACGUUCAAACACACAUUAAUAAAAGGAGAGCAAUUUAAGUUUAUAGUAAGAUGGCAGUUUUCAUUAUUAGUUUAUUUUACCUUAGUGAUAUUGGUAUGAGAAGUGGACAAAAUCAUGGCUAUUAAUUAAUGUUUCUUUUAUUUGCUUUUAAAAUAAUUAAAAAUUGAACACCUUUCCAAAAUUUCAAGAUAUGUUUCCCCAACCAAAUUUUUUUUUUCAACCUUUUUCUUGAUGGUGGGGGUGCAGUGGUGGCAUCUGGCCGGUAUGGAGAUCUGAACCCUUGGCCUUGGUGUUACAACACCAUGCUCUAACCAACUGAGCUAACCAGCCAGCCCUCCCCAGCCAGAUUAUAAGCUUCUGAAAGACUGGCUUUGCCCUCAGAAUUUUACUGCCCACUUAGCAGGCAUGUAUUGACCAUCAUCUGGCAAAUUAUGUUGACAAAUUAAAUGAGGAUUAUAGGGGUGCAGCUGAGACAGAAAAGGUUAAUGUCAAUUUGGGGGGCAUGAAAUGUUUCUUUUUUUCUUAAAUUAAUUUUUAAAUAAAAGCAGUACAUGUACAUGAUUAAAGUUUUUUCUAGCACAGAAGUUAUAUAUUAGGCAAUCCAAAAUUAUACCCACAAACAAGAGCAAAAAAAUAAAAACUUGAGCAACUAAGCACAGUAAAAAAAGUUGUGUUUAUACUUAUACAUUUGUCAGCUGCUUCUGGAUGCUUGCAACCAAGAAAUAGCAAAUGCCAAAAAUUUAAGAAAAUGGUAUGUAAUUAAAACAAAGCAAGGAAAUAUCUAUUCAUUGGGAGAAAUAGUUUUCUACAUUAUUUGCUUUUUGCAGAAGAACACCAGAAUUCUGAAGUUGAGUGCCUCUGCACUAAGAAAAUUUUUAUCUUUCCCACUAUAAAAUAAAAUCUUGAAUAAGGAGCAUGGUCUCCUUUCCCACCCCAGUUUUCUUAUCCUACCUUGUUUUGGUGCUGGAACCAAAUAUGGUAUCCCAUUACCUAACAGUUCCUGAUGACUACUUUUGUUUUUGUGGUGACAAUGCCUGCUAGAUUGAACUUGGUGGCUGUACCAGUGGAGUUUCCAGGGCAGAGCUGUGUCUGAAUUGAAGCUAUGCUUUGGUAUUUUUGUAAACCUAGUUUCUUCACUUUUUUUUAGUUACCUUUUACCUCAUCACACCUGAUUGCCUCUGCUUGGGUCUCUUAAACACUUAUCUCUUCAGUAGGAUAAGUUAAUCUAGGUAGUAGACUGGUGCCAUUCCUGAUUAAUUUUCUGACAUUUCUUUCUUGCUUUCUUUGUUUUGUUUUAUUUUGGCAGCUAGUUGGUAGGGGGAUCUGAACACUUGACCUUGGUGUUGUCAGCACCAUGCCCUACUGAGUGAGCUAACCAGCCAGCUGUCUACUUCCUUAUUUAAUAUUAAAAUAUGCUGUUGGUCAUGGAGGAGACUCUCCCUUCCACCUGGGUUCCCUUAUUCUUUUAUUUCAGGACUCUUGCUCUGAUAAACAUGCUUUUCACAACUGAAGAUCAAGAAGUAGGAACCCUAGGCCCUUAUCAGAACUGUGAGUUUGAGACAGGAGAAGGCUGAUAAGGGAGAUGCACUUCUCCAGUGAGAUGUCACAUCAUAAGAGGACAGGAAAGCCAUAUUUAAUAGAUGAGAUAGUUAAACUCAACUAGAACACACACUGAGGGGAUGUUUUGACUGGCAAAACAUAAUAAGAUUAUGGUUGCUGGGUAUUGGAACGAUUUAAAAUUACAUGUUGCCACAGUAACUCCUAAAGUGAUAUGUCUUAAAAAAAGAGAACAGAUUUUGCUGUGUAUCAUGAGCAGCUUAUGGAUUUCAGCAGAGUUGCUGGUGUUCCUAACAGUCUGCGAACAAAUUUCUUUGGAGGAUUAUUUUCAUCAUUGUUGGUACAUAUCAGUGAAAUAAUACCAAACACUUAUCAGGCCUUAUGUACCUGGUAGUAUGUUAAAUACUGUAAAAGAUUAUCUCAUUUAAUCCUCAGAAACAGUGCUAAGAGGUAGGUAAUGUCCAUUUUACAGAACCAUUUUCUGCCCAAUAUACCAUAAUGAGUCCCUCUUUGGGGGAAUCCUACUCAUGGGGCAAAAUCAGAGUAUACUUUCCCAGAAUCCUCUCUUCCCCAUCCGCUCCUCCCAAUCCCACCUCCAGACCAAGAAAAUGGAGCUGAUCACAGGCAAAGUUGUGAAGGACAGGAAGUUGUCUUUGGCAUCCCUACUUGAAUCCAGACACCCAACCCCCUCCUACUCAUAGGAUGAAGUCUAAACUUCCACCUUUAAAGUCAAGAUCCUUUUGCUGAAGUUUUAAUCCCUGUUACACUUCAAGUAUCCCAGUAAGAGGUACAACUUUAGAGUAGUCUCUAUGAUUUAGACCUCCAUGUGAAUUAAGACUCCCAGUGGAAUGUGAUGGGGAAGGGUACUGAACUGAAAGGGGAGCUGCCUUAUGCUCAGAUAUUACCUGCUGCAGACCCACCUUUCUUCUCACUACAUUGGCUGUUUUAGCAUUUGUGUAAGAGUGCAGGUGAUGAUAAGCUGGCUUUCUUUUUGAAUCUGUUUUCUUUCUGAUAUGAGUCCACAACAGGUUCCUGAGCCUAAUACCAUUUUCAUAGUGUGUAGGAGGAGUGACAGUCACAUUUUUUUUUUUAAAGAUGACUGGUAAGGGGAUCUCAACCAUUGACUUGGUGUUGUCAGCACUGUGCUCUCCCAAGUGAGCUCCCAACCUCACUUUUCCUAACAUACUUUCAUCCUUUUUUCUUCCUACCUCCUCUCCUUUAAGCAGGUACCACCAUUCAUAAUACAAUAGUAUGAUGAAAUGUCUGACAGAUAGGUAAACCUUUAAUAAUUUCUUAUAAGAAAAUCAAUGGCUUUAAUCUGAUUGAAUUAGAAACCAUGUUAAUUAAAAAGGACUUUUCAAAAAUAUGCUUUAUAGCUUGUUCAGGAAUGUCAACCAAAAGGAGUAUGGAUUCUGUUAAGUCUUUUAGUCUUAAACUUUAGGGCUCUGAAGAAUGAUUUUCUUUAACUAUACCAUAUUUUAAAAUGUCGAUGUUUGUAUUUAAACAAUCUUGAGGAUAUGAGUAUUUUAUUGUGUUGUGGAAGUAUAAGUUCACCAAAAGAGUAUGUUGCUGGACUAAAAACUGUGAUGUGUUGUGGUCAUGAAACAGUGCCUGUUUAUUUAUUUGGCAGAUAUUUACUCAGCAUAAAUGUAUCCCAGGCACUGGGGAUACAAAAGCACCAGGCACAAAAAGUGUUCACAGUCUAGUGGGAAAUGGAGAAUUUGAAUGGAUAACAAUACUGUGUGGGUACAGAGGUGUGAAGAAAGUCUUGUUAUUCAUCAGAAUACUCUAGUUAAUUCAUUGUUGCUACAUGGAUUUCCAGUGUUUAAAGCAUUUGAAUGCAGUAAUAUAUACUUAAUUUUUAAAACUUCAUUGGAAAUAAUGUAACCAUUGGUAAUUCCUAAGACACAAAAGGACUUAUACAAUACCUCAGACUGAUUAUAAUGAACACACAGUUGAUGUCUGUCAUACAGUGAUCUCAUUAAUAGAAUGCUGAAUUAAAGAGUUUACUGGUCCGGUC